GCGCACGCACUCGCCGGCACGUAUUAUUAUACAUUUGUUCGGCGGCCGGCCCCACCUCCUUCCAGGCCCCACCACCGACGUAUACAAGUAUACGUGUUUGGUGGGUGUGUGCGUUAGGUGUGUGUGUGUGUGUGUGUGUCCGUCGACCGGGACCGUGACCGGGGCCGGCGGGGCACCACACUCUCGCUCGGUCGGUUUAACGACGGCAGCAGUUUGCCGCGAUCAGCCUUGCCCGAACGAACAAUAUAUAUGCCGCGCGUACACAUAAUACAUUAUAUACCUGCGAGCAAAUAACACACACGCACGCACACAAACACAUAAUAAUAAUAUCAUGUCGUUAUUUUGUACGGUGCAUCACGUAGGUAUAUAAUAUAUUAGCCGUGAAACAUAUAUAUAUAUAACGGUCCGUUGAUUGUUACCGUGUCCGCGAUAGUCAAAGACGCGCGCGAAUUCACCGCCGCCGGUACAUCGUUGCAGUGUUUGUGAACCGCGCGCCGAGAGUAUACCGCACCGUUUGCGCGAGACAUCGGUACACAUACGCACGGUUCGAAGUGACAGCAGAGCUACCGCCGCAGCCAGGAAACCACCGUCGGAUCAGAGACACGGACCACCGCGACGGGAAGUGUUACAAAAUAUUUAUAUACACAUAUUUUAUAUAUGCCGUACACUCGCUGUGGACAAAUAUUAUGUACGAUUGUCCACCGUUACCGUCAUCGCCGCAUUCGCUAGCGCCGCCGUCACCGUUUUCGCCGUCGUCCCCGCCGUCGCGGUCGCUGCUCAUCCACCGUAGCCUCUGAUAUUUUACGUGUUUGCAGCGCGAGUGACAACGUCGUAUACACACGUGAAGUAACGCCGUCCGCACACACCCGCAACCGUCGUCACAUCAUAGGUACAAUAUAAUAAAUUAUUAUUAUACCAAUAAAUAGGUAAAAGUAAAAAACGCCAACUAUGACAAUGCUAUCGUCGCAAAAACUUUUGUACUCCGAUACGGCGACUGCUGCGGCAGCGGCCGCAGCUGCUGCUGCCGCUGCUGUCAACGCGGCGGCCAUGUACGGCGGGAAUUCGUCGACCACCGGCGCCGGCGGUGGUGGCGGACCGUCGUCGACUCCAUCGUUGUGCUCACCGCCUCCGCAGUCACACCACCAACAGCAACAGCAACAGCAACAACAGCAGCAGCAGCAACAGCAACAGCAACAGCAACAGCAGCUUGUGUUCGGGAGCAGUGCCUCAGCCGCAGCUAACAUGCAACAGCAACUGUACGGUGGCAUGAAUUCCGCCGCAACGGCCGCUGCGGCUAUGUACGGCUUGAACGCGUCGGCCGCCGCUGUUGCCGCCGCCGCUGCAGCCGCUGGUGCUGGCGGAGACCCAACCGGCGCCGCAAACGCCGCGGCGCUACAACGGGUUCGCGCCGACAAGACGUACCGCCGGAACUACACGCACGCUAAACCUCCGUACUCGUACAUUUCGCUCAUUACGAUGGCCAUACAAAACUCGCCGGUGAAAAUGCUCACACUUUCGGAAAUUUAUCAAUUUAUCAUGGAUCUGUUUCCUUUCUACCGGCAAAAUCAACAGCGGUGGCAGAACUCCAUCAGGCACUCGCUGUCGUUCAACGACUGUUUUGUUAAAGUGCCUCGGACACCCGACAAACCAGGUAAGGGUUCGUUUUGGACUUUGCACCCAGACUCUGGCAACAUGUUCGAGAAUGGUUGCUACCUACGCCGGCAAAAGCGUUUCAAAGACGACAAAAAAGACGCUUCGUCGAUCCGGCAGCACGGUGACGGUGGUCACCACCAUCAGCACCACGGUGGCCACAAUCACUCAAAAAGUUCGUCGCCCAUGCUACACAGCGGUGGUGGCGGUGGCAGUCAACACCAGCUCAGUGGUCAACAUCAACUAAGUGGUGGCCAUCACCAUCAGCAGCACCAUUUAGACAUGGUGCUGGACAAGAAGCCGUCGUCAUCUGUACCGCCGUCAUCGGCGUCGUCCUCCUCCGUACUCGCCGCUGCUGCUGACCAUCACCACCACUUGCUUCAACUGCAACACCACCAUAAUCAAAAACUAGGUGCUGGUGGUGGCGUGCUCAUGUCAUCAGCCGCUGCGGCAGACUUGGGAUUCGGUGGUGGCAUGCACCAUCAACACCAACAACACCAACAGCAGCAGCAGCACGGCAAACAUCAUUUACUUCUGCACCACCACCAUACGCACGAUCACCAAAAUAGCCACAACAACGGUAAUCACCAUGACAGUGACCACGAUCACGUGCACCACAUGCACCAUCACUUACAACAACACGGUGGUGGCGACGAUGACUCGUCAUCGUCCAUGUUGGUUGGGUCGUUGCUGCAACAUCACCAACACCAGCAACAACAACACCAGCAGCAGCAGCAUCACCACCAGCAGCAGCAACACCAUCAGCAGCAGCACAGCCCGGUGGACAUUUACGCCGCGGCUGCGGCCGCCGCACAUCACAAUCACCAACAACAACAGCAGCACCAGCAGCAGCAGCAGCAGCAUCAUAGCCACCAUCAGCAACUGCAACUGCAACAGCACCUCAAGUCUUCUGCAGCAGCGGCUGCCGCGGCCGCAGCUGCUGCCGAAUUUGCCGCAUCCAACCAUCCAUUUUCAAUUACGCGACUGUUGCCGCCACCGCCAACGGCCUCAGCUGCUGCUGCUGCAUCAGCGUCCGACAAACCGUCGUCAGCCGCAUCCGUGGCCGCAGCCACUGCAUCGUCCGCGACGGCCGCCUCCGCCGCCGAGAAAAUGUACGAAAUGGCAGCGGCUUCGCAGUACGGUACCACGGCCGGGUAUAACGAUUACUACCACCCACACGCGCACCCACAUCAUCCACAUCACCACGGGCACCCACAUCCACACCACCAGCAGGCGUCGCUUUAUCACGCGGCCGCGGCUGCUGCAGCAGCUGCCGCCGCCGCAGCAGCUUCCGGUGGACCGCAAUCGUCAGCGUCGUCCGUGUCUGGCGCUGCCGCCGCUGCCGGAUCGUCGUCGCCGUUGUGACAUCACCAUCACCAUCAGCAGCUCCAGCAGCACCACCAGCACCAAUAUCCGCCACUUGUUUGAAGGCAGCGUGGUCACUGGUGGGCCUGCGGCAACAACAGCGGCAUCAGCAAUAGUAAUUAUAUUGCAGACACGUUUUGCGUUAAUUUUUUCUUCGAUAAUUUCCAAGUGUCUGUCACGCGUGCAUGCGUGACCGCGGUACGCAACGAAUGCGUAAUUUUUAUUUUAUUUUUCUCUAGUAAUCUCUCGAGUACCUUCUACCUAUAAACUAUUAUAUUAUACUCAAAUGUGUUUGAUACCGUCAUGUUUCGUUUUUAGAUUUAUUAUUAUUAUUAUUAUUAUUAUUAUUAUUAUAUUAUUAUUAUUAUUAUUAUUAUUAUUAUUAUACGUGUGUGUGUACAGUAUAUAUUUUAUGUUAGUGUGUACGCGUUUAAAAAUUUACAAAACGACCUUUUAUGUUUAUCUAUAAUAUAUAUAAAAAUUAAUUUAUACAAAAUAGUUAUGCGAUGCGAUGCAAAAAUUGUUGUGUAUGUAGUUGCGCCCCCCCCCCCCCCCCAUAUAUAUAUGCAUAUAAUAUAUUUUAUAGGUAUUUAUAUAUUUUAUACGCAUGAAAGUAUAACAUAUGUGAAUAUUGUGAAUUAUAUGUACCUAUAUUUGUAAACCUAGUAGUAAGCUGUACUAUUGUGUAUAUAUUGGACGCUCGAUGCGUGCCAAUAUAUACAUUAUAUAUAGGUGCGUCGAGCGACAUACGACCGUCUUCGCCGCUUGACCAUAUAGUAUGUUAAAAUAAUUAUAGAUUUAAUAUAUAAUAUAUUAUAAAAUGUACGUUGAAAAUGGGAGUUUUUUUAUAUUACUAUUUUUUGUCGUCGUCUCGUGCGCGGCGACGGCGGCGUUGGUCGGGUUUUAAACGACGCCGCCGCCGCCGCCACCGCACUAUACUAUAUUAUAUUAUACGCGUACGCACAGCAAACUGUUGUACUUUAAGUAUUUUUUUUAUAUACAUAUAUAUAUAUAUAUAUACAACAAUACAAUAUUAUACUUAUACAUACAAAUACAAUAAUACGAUAUAUGUACGUGUAUAUUUUGUAAUGUGACUUUGUCGCAUUGCGGUCGUGUCCUAUACAUAUACCGUGUACCUAUAUUUUACCUAAAUAAUAUGUAUAUAUUUAUAUUAUGUGUAUAUUAUAUUUAUAAAUAUUUAUCAUGUGUACGGUUUUAAGUAAAAUAAAUUCAAUUCGAUAUUACAACAUAUAAAAAAUUGUACAAACGUGCUUUUUUAC